ACAAUGCCGACAAGCAGUAGAAGCCUUGUUUUAUUUUUUGCCAGCAGAUGCAGGAAACAUGGCGUCUUUCUCGAACUACUUUGUGGUAGAAUUUAUAGGUGCAGUAUUUGCCCUGAUCUGUGCCGCUUACAUCUAUCUGAAGUACGUGGCCUACAAGUACUGGAGUUGGAAGAACAUCGAUUCUGUUAAGCCCGUUGUUCCCUUUGGAAACUUAUGGCCGGUGAUUUCAGUCAGCACUUCAAUUGGUGAACUGUUUCGAGACAUAUACUUGGAGUUCAGAAAGAGUCCGGUCGUUGGAGUUUACAUGUUUCACAAGCCUACACUUGUGGUCAAUGAUCCUGAUCUCAUACGUUUUAUCCUGACAAAACAGUUCGCGAAUUUUCACGACCGUGGCGUGUAUUGCGAUGAAAAGGUUGAUCCGUUGUCUGGUCAUCUUUUUUCAAUUCCCGGUGCCAAGUGGAAGUUCUUGAGGACCAAGUUCUCUCCGACGUUCACUUCGAGUAAGAUGAAGCAGAUGUUUUUCACGAUUCAGGAAUGCUCCGAAACGAUGGUGGGAUUCGUCAGUCCUCGAGCUAAGAAUCGUGAAUUGAUCGAGGUGAAGGACCUCGUGGCAAGAUUCUCCACCGACGUAAUUGCGUCAGCUGCUUUUGGAAUCCAGUGCAACAGCAUAGAAAAUCCGAAUGCAGACUUUCGGAGCUUUGGUCGAAAGGUUUUUAGGCCAAAGCCAUGGAUGAAUCUUGUCGGGCUUCUCGCUCCAUCCUGGCUUAAACUGUUUAGAAUAAGCAGUGUUGAUGCCGAUGUGGAAAAAUUCUUUCUCAGUGCUUUUAUGGAGGCAGUAAAGUACAGAACAGAUAACAACGUUGCGAGGAAAGAUUUCCUAGACUUGAUCAUCCAGCUGAUGAAUAAGGGUUACAUAGAAAACGACGAUAAGAAAUUGUCUCAACUAUCAGAGUUUGAUAGUCAAAAAGUCACCGCACUUGAAGGAGCUGCGCAGGCCUUCGUAUUCUGGUUAGCUGGAUUCGAGACAUCAUCUUCAACCGUCACUAAUUGCCUGUACGAGUUAGCGCUGCACCAGGAUAUCCAGGACAAAGUGGCCGAGGAGGCGAACAGAGUACUUGGAGAAUUCGGGGGAAUGUCUUACAACGGAGUCAAGGAGAUGCGCUAUCUUUACAAAGUCGUAUCAGAAACUUUGAGAAAGUAUCCAGCUGUCCCGAUUCUGAACAGAGAAUGCACAACGGAAACGGAUCUCCCCGAAACUGGACUCCACGUUGAAAAAGGCACCGCGAUAAUCAUCCCCGUUUACGGAAUCCACAACGAUCCCGAAAUAUAUCCAGACCCGGAAAAAUUCGACCCCGAACGUUUCACCGAGGAGAACAUCGCCAGCAGACAUCCGUACGCUUAUCUGCCAUUCGGAGAAGGGCCGAGGAACUGCAUCGGCAUGAGAUUUGGAUUAGUACAAACGCAGGUCGCCCUCGCUAGUUUGCUUUCGAAAUACCGUUUCACGCCAGGACCAGACGUCAAAGUUCCGAUGGUAAUGGACAGAGGCAAUGUGGGAAUUGCACCGGCAGGUGGAAUGACGUUACGUGUGGAACUGCGAUUGGAUCCCUCAUUUUAUUUUGUGCCAGCAGAUGCAGGAAACAUGGCGUUUUACUCAAAAUACUUCCUGGUGGAAUUCAUUGGGGCAGUGUUUGCCCUGAUCUGUGCUGCUUACAUUUACCUGAAAUACGUGACCUACAAGUACUGGAGUUGGAAGAACAUCGAUUUUGUCAAACCCGUUGUUCCCUUUGGCAACCUAUGGCCGGUGCUUUUGGUUCGCGCUUCAAUUGGUGAACGGUUUCGAGACAUAUACUUGAAGUUUAGGAAAAGUCGAGUCGUUGGGGUUUACAUGUUUCACAAGCCUGCACUUGUGGUCAACGAUCCUGAUCUCAUACGUUUUAUUCUGACAAAACAGUUCGCGAAUUUCCACGAUCGUGGAACCUAUUGCAAUGAGAAGACCGAUCCGUUGUCUGGUCAUCUUUUCGCAAUUCCCGGUGCCAAGUGGAAGUUCCUCAGGACCAAGUUUUCUCCAACAUUCACUUUGAGCAAGAUGAAGCAGAUGUUCUUCACGGUUCAGGAAUGCUCCGAAAAAAUGGUGGAAUUCGUUGGUCCUCAAGCUAAGAAUCGUAAAGUGAUUGACGUAAAGGACCUCGUAGCAAGAUUUUCAACCGACGUGAUCGCGUCGGUUGCUUUUGGGAUUCAGUGCAACAGCAUCGAGAACCCAAAUGCAGAGUUCAGGGAGUAUGGUCGGAAGGUUUUAAGGCCGAGACCAAUAAUGGGUGUGAUUUCGUUGUUGGCUCCGUCCUUGCUAGAUAUGAUCGGAAUUUCUAAUACCGACGCCGAUGUGGAAAAAUUCUUCAUCAGUGCUUUUACCGAAACAGUAGAGUACAGAGCAGCUAACAGCGUGGUACGGAAGGACUUCUUAGACUUGAUUAUUCAACUGAUGAACAAGGGUCACGUAGAAAAUGACGAUAAGAAAUCGGCUCAACUAUCAGAGUUUGAUAGUCAGAAAAUCACCUUGCUCGAAGGAGCAGCGCAGGCCUUCGUAUUCUGGUUAGCUGGCUUCGAGACGUCGUCUUCAACCGUUACUCACUGUCUCUAUGAGUUAGCGCUGCACCAGGACAUCCAGGACAAAGUGGCCGAGGAAGUGAACGGAGUGCUGGCAGAAUUCGGGGGAAUGUCUUACAACGGAGUCAAGGAGAUGCGCUAUCUUUACAAAGUCGUAUCAGAAACCUUGAGGAAGUAUCCAGUUGUCCCGAUUCUGAACAGAGAAUGCACGACGGAAACGGAUCUCCCCGAAACUGGACUCCACGUUGAAAAGGGCACCGCGAUAAUCAUUCCCGUUUUCGGAAUCCACAACGAUCCCGAAAUAUAUCCAGACCCGGACAAAUUCGACCCCGAACGUUUCACGGAGGAGAACAUCGCCAGCAGACAUCCGUACUCUUAUCUGCCAUUCGGCGAAGGUCCGAGGAACUGCAUCGGCAUGAGGUUUGGAUUAGUACAAACGCAGGUUGCCCUCGCUAGUUUGCUAUCGAAAUACCGCUUCACGCCAGGGGCAGAUCUCAAAGUACCGAUGGUAAUUGACAAAGCCAGUUUCGGAAUCGCACCAGAAGGUGGAAUAACACUUCGAAUCGAACAGCGAUAGUAUUUCAUAUUGUAUGGUGCAGCACUGCCAGUAAAAAAUGAAAAACAAACAUACUUACUGACAAUUGUCAAUGCUUCUGCCGUAAUGACCAU